AUGACUUCCCCCUCAGAAUUACCUGCUUGGUACUAUCGCGUUUCUGAGGCAGUUAAAAAGAGAAAUGGCGUUAUACUCUGGGACUUUGAUGAAGAUAUCUCCGACCUUGAUGAAACCAGCCCAGACGAAACCAUAGCGUACAAUGGACCUGAUGCUGCAAAUUACCAUUACUUGAGAGAGAAGCGGGAGGAACGCAAAAGAGAGCUUUUCCAGCGCAAAGAGAUUAUCAGAAAGCGUAAGGAGGAUGCAAGAGAGGAGGAGAAAAAUAAGGUCGAACAAGUGCGGGCAGCAUAUGAAGCUUUUGAGAUUUCCGUGUCCAGAAGCGAAUCAACUCAACUAGGACCUAUCGACAGCCAGUUCGAUCUUUACUGUAUGGACUACUUUGACUGUUUUUAUGAUCCCAGUCCGCAUGGCUACCAGAGGAGAUACGUCAGGUUCGAAUACGGAGAUAGAGGCGAGGUGCACAGCGAUGAUCUUACCGGCCGGUUCUGGCUCAAUCCGAAGGUCGACUUUGAACUUGUCCCAUUCAAAGCCCCGGAAUGUUCAAACCUUAAACAUCAUGAGAUCUACACCACCGAUGGCAGAUUCUCUAUGAUUCUGCAAUUCAUUGGCAAAGAUCACUUGAUCCUCAGAGCAAGCCGAGAUCUUGUCUUCUGGGGCACUCCGCAGAAUUCACGAGGCCCUGAAACGUUCAUAUUCAUGGGUGUUCGCAAUGAUUGGGGGAAGCAACUUCAGGCGUUUGCAAGAAUGUUGCACCCCGCUCUUGCACCGCCCACGACAUUUCUCUCGGUGCAAGACGGAACCCUCUGUGAAUUUUGUCGCGAUGACGAGCUCAUUCAGCCAAUCCGAACCAGAGCUCUCUCAGAUCUCAUUCAAUCCUCGCGUUACUGCGAACUUUGUGUAAGGUGGCUUAGGGUCCUAGAGCAUUCUCGUCAAAACCUGAAUGUUCGAGGCCAAGUUGCCGCACUGAGACAGCGUCCCUUAGAGCAAGACGUCGAUGAUGUGACGCUUAUGUUUCUGAGUUCUCCAGAACGGCCAAAGGUUGCAUGGCCGCACAUUGGACAUGUGUGGGCGGCUCUCGAUACGAUCGAUAUCGAUGAUGCGGAAGACAUUAACCUGAAGCCGUUGCCUGGAUCGGAUCAGGGCGAGACUACUUGGAAAUCAGUCAGAGAAUGGCUUGAUCGAUGCGACAAACAUCAUAAAGAUUGCAAACAUAAGAAGACAUCCGCCUGGAAGCCAACUCGACUGAUGUACGUCUGUAAUACACAGGCUGCGCUUCAAGUCCGCCUAGUCGAGAGUCAGGAUAUACCUGACGGCGCUGAGUAUCUGACCCUGAGCCAUUGUCAGAGUGCAGGAAGCACUCUUCAGCUUACUCGCAGCAACAUCGAAGGCUUCAAGUCCUCAAUUCCCGUUGAUGAGCUCUCCCGCGUCUUCAUCGAUGCAUGUAACACUGCCAAAAGGCUGAGUCACGAAUAUCUCUGGAUCGACGCACUCUGUAUAAUCCAAGACGACCCUGCAGAUUGGCAACAUGAAGUUGGUUGUAUGGCUUCCACCUACGGGAACUCAUGGCUCAAUGUCUCAGCUGACGGACAUGAUGAGGCUGGCCACGGGCUCUUCUGUCCUUCUGACAAACGAGCCGGCCGCCCAUGGUACCCAGUAUACAUACAUAGUGAAUGGGGCGAUGGAUUUCCUAGUAAUUAUUGCAUAUCCGAGUAUCACAACUGGUGGGAGCGCAUCUCAGACUCGGAGUUGAAUCGAGGAGUCUGGGCUCUCCAGGAGCGUGUUUUAUCGCCAAGGUUUGUUCUCGACGCACGAAAUAGAAAUCUCUCUUGUCUAACUCCUGAGAAUGCUUUUCGGAACUGGAAUCAAGUAGUUCAAGCUUACUCCCAGGGACAGCUCACGGUUGCGACAGACAAACUUAUUGCACUAUCAGGCCUUAUUGAUGUGCUCUACCCCGUCUUUCAGCAUAUGGUGGAGUCAGAAGAUCAAGUCGAAGAUGGCCAUGGAAGGCACGGUACACAAACUCAGGUGGAUUCAUCCUGUCAUAGAUCGCCAGGGCUUUUCCUCGCUGGACUAUGGCGGCCAUAUGUCGAGAGACAGUUGGUAUGGCGAGCAAUGCCACACAAAUAUUUAUUCGAAUAUGAUGGAAACUCAGCUUCUGCACCUGGGAAACGUUACGACGAGUACAUUGCUCCAACAUGGUCUUGGUGUUCUGUCAAGGAUGCUGUCAUCGAACCGCAGGAAGCGAGUUCGGUGGAUAUUUACUUCACCAAAGUCAUCGAUACAAAUAUCGUCCCUCACGGGAAGCUAAAUCAAGCAACACCUUCGAGUGGCUUGAGGUACUGCUCCUCCCCUGGUUCGUUUCUCCGUCUGCGGUGUUCUUACCUACCCAUCGUCAAAUUGGGGCCGGUGAGCGGCAUGAAACUUAUGGACUUUAGAGCCGCGACUCAUGAGAGAGGCCGGAGUGAUGAAGCAAUCUAUGUUCAAAGUAAACACUACUGGGAUGUGGAGUUUAGUCAAGAGGCUAUAAACUGCAAGUCGCCCAUUGCGGUUCCCGUCUUUGCAAACAUGUCGUACUUCACCAGCCCUGUACAUUGCCUCGUCCUAGACGAAAGGCAGGGUGAGAAUGGGAACCGAUGGUAUAUACGAGUUGGAGCUUUCGUGAUCACUCAUCCUGAGGAUGUGCAGAGAUUUGGAAGGGGAUUGAGGACUUUGAUCAGCGAACUGGAGAGGAUCAAGUCUACGUAUAUGAAGACGGCUGAGGUUUUGCAGCGGGUUGUUGAGAUCAGGUAGCAUUGCUUCUGCUCAACUCAUGAUGCUAAAGCGAACGUCGAAGGGCUCUGAAUGUACACUGCAGGGUUAAGUACGUCCAGAAGGUAACAGAACAACAGAUAAUUUAC